AUGUCGUUCCUUAGAAAGAGACCUCCAGUCCAGUCCAACCGCCAGCAACAGGCCCGCGCCCUGGCAGCAGGCCAGGCGAGCAGCAACAGUGGUCCCACCAUCAAGAAAAAGAUCCCGACUAGCGCUACCCCACAGCCUGUCCCUGGAACAUACACCGACUACAAGCUCGUCUCAACCUCGCGGGAUGUCCUCCACCACGUCAUGCGUUUCCAUGGCCAGAAAAUCAUCACCCCAAACUCAUUCACCGCCCCCGUCAAACUGCACCGCAAAAAAAACGAGAACCAACACCGAGGAUACUAUGGCAGGUACAGCCAGUACAAUCAGCAACAACAGCAGCAGGCUGCCAAGGAUGCUACUGGUGACAAGAAGGACGGAGCUGCUGCUGCUGCCGGUACACCUGGUGGCGCUGCAGCACCUGCGACGACGGGAGCCAACACAGCCCUGAUCGCGCCCUACGGAGGUGGUGUCCGCAACAAGCAGAUGCUCUUCAAGAAGCGGACGAGACAGAUCUACAUCGCCAACGAGGACGAGCGCAAGAAGAAGGAAAUUGAAGCCGCACCCUGGGUGUUGGAUGACUAUGACAGCCAGAACAAUUGGACCGGUCAGCUCGAGGGAGGACAAGGCGCCAACUAUGUCCUGUUUGUCUUUGCCGAGGAUGGCUUCAAGGUCGUGCCUGCCGAUAAGUGGUACAAGUUCAGCCCCAAGCUUCAAUAUGCCACCCUCACCGCCGAGGAAGCUGAAGAGCAGUUCCAAAAAUCGCAGAAGCAGAGCAACAGCAUCCGGUGGCUGAUGCGAUCCAAGAACAAGAAGGCUGAGGAUGGCGAAGAGGGCGGAGAGGAAGACAUUGAGACCGAGCAGCUCCUGGCUGUCGACCAUGAUGAUGACGCUGGUUAUGACGAGGACGAGGCAAAGGACAGAAAGAAGAAGCGCGGCAAGCACGGAGAUGUUGACGAGAUGGACUUUGACGAAGUGUGGCAGGACGACGAAGAGAUGCCAGCAGACAUGCCUGGCUUCGACGAUGACGCCAAAGACGACCCUCGCAACAAGCACGGAACUCAGAUGGAUUCUGACGAAGAUGAAGACGACGAGGACGACCGGGCACGCCUCAACGAAACUGGAAAGGCUGUCAAGAAGGCUCUUCGGAAAUUGGAGAAGAACAAGGCCUACGAUGACGAUGAUGACAAGGAUCCUUACGCCAGUGACAAGGACUCGUCAGACUCGGACUUGGAUGAGAUUGACAAGGAGAAGGAAAUGAAGAAGGAAGAAGAUGCGGCAGCAGCAGCAGGAGGAAGCACUCCCGACUUAUCCAAGGCCAAGAACAAAACCAAGGCCAACGCCAAGGCACCCCUGACCCCCAAGAAGGCCAACGCCACCAAGCCUGCAGCCAGCAAGCCUGUCAGCGCUAAGGCCUUAAAGAACAAGCCCGCCAUGCCUACUCCCAGGAACGCUAGCGCAGGAACACAGCCCUCUACCAAGCCUGCUGGACUAUCCUCCUCAUCAGCACCCCGAGGAUCUUCGCCACCUGCAGCUGUAAAUGGAAGAGCAGUAUCACCCACUGUGUCGGACAAGAAGAGGAAAAAGAUGGAUGGAGCAAGUCAAGAACAGGCCGAGGAUUCACCCAAGAAGGUUGCUCGUCCCUCUGAGGCGUCGACCUCCAGUGCAGCAGCCUCUCACGCCGCGGAACCCCAUGAUGAUUCGAACUUGAUCACGGAGGCAGAAGUCAUUGCGCUGCUCAGGAGCAAACCCAAAGUGACGACUCGUGACCUGAUCUACGAUCUGAAAAAGAAGCUGAGGAGGGACGGGCGAAACAAGAACAUCUUGGCCAUGUGUGUCAAGAAGGUCGCCACCCCUGUGGACGGUGUCCUGGUGUUGAAGGAUGGCUUUUAA